AUGCAAGUGGACACUCGAUGGGCUCAAUCAGUCGUGUCUGACGUAGUUUCUGUCCCAAUCGAUAGUAAUAAUAAUAAACAUAAUAUUGAACAACAACGAUUAUCUGUUCAUUCUCUACCUUUAUCAACAUUACAAACACAAUUAAUAACAACAACAAAUUUUUUUCCACCACAACGCGUUGAACCAAUAGAUAUGACACGUUCACAACAACAACCAACAACACAAAAUCGUACUAAAACAGGUUAUAUUCAAUCAGCAACAACUGAUGAACAACAAACAACAAAUUUUAUACAAAAUCAACCUAUUAAACGUAUUAUACAUCCUGCUGAUCGUUCAUCAAUUGUUUUCUUUUUUCAAUAUAUUUCAACAAUUUUUUUUGGAAUCUUUAUUUCUUUUCCAUGUAUUAUAUUAUUAAUAGUUCUGUUACCUAUAUGUUGGUUAAUACGAACAUUAAUACGUUUAAUUUGUCGACAUCGUUGUACUGUAACACCAUGUGCUUGUAAUUAUUUAUCUGCUAGUGAUUUAUUUUGGUUUUAUAAUAGUAAUAUAUCAACAAAUCGAGAUAAUAAAAAUAAUGAAACAAGAAAAUAUAAUUCUCAAACUGUAUCACCAAUAGGAGCAGCAGUUUUUUUUCUUGAAGGAACAAUAAAUGAAAAUUCAUUAAAAAAAUUAUUAAUUAAUCGUCUUAUAACAAGUAGUAUUCGACGUGGUACAAAUAUUGGACAAAAAUUAUUUCCACGUUUUUCACAAUUAGUUGUUUCACGUUUUUCUGGUACAAUGUGGGUUGAUUAUUCAUUAUUUUCUAUUGAUGAACAUGUACAUGAAAUUUCACAUAAUAUUCAAUCCGAUGAAGAACUUCAAUCAUAUGUAUCAACAUUAUUAUCAAAUGAUUUACCAUAUAAUCGUCCUUUAUGGCAAUUGUAUUAUAAAAAUCGUUUAACAAUACGUCCAAAUGAUAGUGUAAUUAUAUUUUUAUAUCAUCCGGUUUUAUCUGAUGGAAUAUCAUUAUUACGUAUUUUACUUAAACAUAUUGUUGAUAAUCGCACAACACAACUAGAUAUAAAACCGCGUUUUGCUGGUCAACAUGGUGAACAUAUUAUAUUUGAUUAUAUAAAAUCAUAUCUAUUCGGACAUAAACUCAUAUUUAGUAAAUUAUUAUCGAAGACAUCUAGAGAAAAUUUUUUUAAACGAACAUUAUAUAAAAAUAAAGCUACUACUACUACUAAUAAUAAUAAUAAUGUAUCAACUAUUAAUUCUCAUACACAACAACAACAACAACAACAACAACAACGAGUUGUUGUUUGGUCAACUCCAUUUAGUUUAACACAAGUUAAUCGAAUGAAACUUGUCACAAGAACACGUAUGAAUAAUCUUCUUUCAACAUUAGUUAUAUCUACUGUCAAAUUAUAUAUGGAACGAUAUGGAGUUUUUAAUCCAUCCAAUAUGAAUUGUGUAAUGCCUUGUGAUCUUCGAUCAAAUUCAGCUAAUAUAGUUAUGGGAAACAAAAUAUCACAUCUUUGUAUUGAAUUACCUAUGAAUAUUGAAGGUAACAUUCCACUUUUAUGGUCAUUUAAUGAUAGUAUAAAAAGUGUUAAAGAAAAUGGAGAUUAUGCUACUAUGUAUUUAUUUACGCAUAUCACUUAUCUUCUAUUUCCUUUUUGUUUUGCUAAUAAGAUUAUUAGUCGUAUUUAUAAUAGUGCUAGUUUAUGGUUAACAUCAUUAGCUGCUGGAAGUACUACCGCAUUAGCAACAGUGUCCAUAUGUAAUCGUGAUGUACGAAGUUUAAUAUGUCUUAGUCCAAGUAUUGGUACAGCUAGUAUUAAUUUUUGUGUUACAUCAUAUGCUGAUGAAAUUCGUCUUGCUGUUAUUGUGGAUCCAAAUAUUAUACCUAAUCCAAGAUUUUUUACUGAAUGUUUUAAUCAACAAUUAAGUGUUGUUCAAGAUCUUCUUGCUCAUCGACGAAUUCCAGGUGAAAUUCGUCGAAUAAUUCGACCACCAAAAAUGCAACCACAAAAGAAAAGUAUCAGUAGUAUAUCUGAUAUGUCUGAUGACUUAUCAAUAGAAGAAAUUCAAGCAAAAAUGACAACAUUACAACAAGAAUUACUUUCAUUAAAAAGUCAAUUUGAAAAUGUCGAUAUGAAUGAUUCAUCAAGUCAAACUCAACGUUUAAUAAUAACAACAAAAUUAGAAGAAUUACGACGAGAAUUUCGUGAAUUACUUAUUAAAUUACAAGAACGUCAAUGUGAAUUAUCAGGUAUGAUACCAAGUGAUGAAGAAGAUGAAAUGGAUCCACAUGUCCGUGUACGUUUACGAUCAGCAAGUGUUGCAUCUAAAAUUUCUUUACGAUCAAAUGAACAACGACAAUUAUCAAAAAUGUAUCAAUUCGAAAGAGAUGAUGGAAGUGAAUUUAGUGCUACGAUUGUUCAUAAAGUUCCAUCACCAUCAAAAAUGAGUUUAACAGCACAACAACAAGAUCAACACGUUGGUAUGCGUCAUGCACAAUCAGUAAAUAUAUGUGAAAAUACUCCAAUUGAUAUGCAAUCACGAACAUCAUUAAAUCGUCCACAACCAACAACAACAUCUCGAACAUUUGAUACAGCAACGAAUACUAUUGUACAUCUUGAGCCGAGUGAAAAUUGGAAAAAUGGAAAUUAA